AGGCGUGUGUGUGGUGAGGGCUGAGGCCAGGGCCCACUACCCACAACACGCCGCCACACACAACAGCUCCAGCCACAACCUCUCCCAAUACUUCACAACAACAAUGCCUAAGUUACCACAGAAGAAAUAUUAUCGCCAGAGAGCUCACUCCAACCCUAUUGCUGACCACAACUUUGAUUACCCAGUAUGUUCAUCUACAAUGGACUGGAGUCCAUACUUUCCCAAGUACUUCCCCGGAGAUGGUACAAAAAAGGUGGAAUUUGCUGACAUUGGAUGUGGCUAUGGAGGAUUGUUGGUUGCCCUUGCCCAGAUUUUUCCGGACACACUCAUGUUAGGAAUGGAAAUACGCGUGAAGGUGUCGGACUUUGUUGUUGACCGCAUUCAUGGCUUGAGAGAUGAGAAGAAGGAUGUGCCUGGAGGAUAUCAAAAUGUAGCCUGUAUCCGUACUAAUGCAAUGAAGUACUUGCCAAAUUUCUUUGAGAAAGGACAGUUAAGUAAAAUGUUCUUCCUGUUUCCUGAUCCACACUUCAAAAGAGCCAAGCACAAAUGGAGAAUUAUCAAUUCAUCUCUCUUGGCAGAAUAUGGUUAUGUUCUGCGUGAAGGGGGCCUUGUGUACACUGUGACGGAUGUGAAGGAUCUUCACGAGUGGAUGGUUCACCAUUUUACAGAACAUCCUUUAUUUAAUCGUGUGGAUGAGGAUAAUUUGGCUGACGAUCCAGUGGUACAGUACCUAUAUGAGAGCACCGAAGAGGGUCAGAAGGUGUCCCGCAAUAGUGGAGACAAGUUCCUGGCUGUUUUUCGCAGAAUGCCAGAUCCAAGACAACUUGGCAUUUUGGAAGAGAGUGCAGUAACUUAAAAUGUAUCGGAUGAUUCUGUAAAGAUGUUACACUUUUAGAUAAUCAUUAAGUACAGUUUUGAAAUACUGUAUACUGUAUAGAUUUCUCUGAGGCAGGCUGGCAUACAAUAUACAAUUUGUAGUACUCUACCAACAUUUUAUAUAGUGUAUACAGUAUGCCCAAUAUUCCAUUAUGUAAUAGGGGAUAUUUCUAAAGAUCACCUAAGUUGGUCAAGAAAUUCUCUCAAACCAAUUGCAUAUAGUUUUUGCCAAAGAAGUACUCUUAGUAUAUUUGAGGGACGUGAUCCAGGGUGAAGAAUUUACAUGACUAAUCUAUUCUUAGGCAUAAAACUCAUGCUGGGAAUGUGUAAAAUGAUGAAGUGUAGUACUAGAAGAGGAGGCAUAAGGCAAUGGGUAAGAGUUGUAGGGAGAGAAGCAGUGUAGGGCGAAGGGAAGAGCUAAAGGGCAAGAUGAACAGGCAUGGCAAGAGAAUAUACCUUAAAAUUAUAAAAUUAAGGCAGAGAGAUGAAGAUAAGACAAUGUGGAGCAUUUGUACAAUAUGCCAUAAAUGAGUAUUUGUUGUUCCAACUUGUCCCAAUUGUGUGGAGCAUUAAUGACAAUAUUAGUCAGCAGAAGAAUAAUGUAUGAACUUGUAAAUAAUGUAAAAUUAAUUUAGUGUUUAUGAAGUUUUCAAGAUAGUGUUAAUAAAUAUUUUUGAUUAAA